AUGAUCUUUUAUAAGAUAGAAAUCAAUAUAAGAGACCCAGAUGGCCAUUUUGCUGGCAGAAUGGCCCCAAGAACAUUCACCCCUAUGGAGGAUGUUUUCUUGAAAAACGACUACGGAGCUAUAAAGGAGUAUAUAACUCAGCUCAAUGACUAUGAACAAGUCUGUGGUGUGUAUAUAAAUCUCCCUGGACAACACAAGAACAAUGAAACUCUCGUUCCACACUGGCUGGCAUUUCAAGGCUAUACAGAUCUCGUAAGAAAACUGUUUGAUACCUUCCAAGAGCAUAAAAUCAAAGAUCUCCAGGACAAACGAGGAUGUGUACCUCUUCAUUAUGCUAUUUGGAAUGGAGACCACCAAACUAUUAACUACCUCAUAGCCACCGGAGGUAUUCACUGCUAUGACAAUGAAGGACUCGGAGUACUCCAUUACUGUUGUUUCCGUAAAAACAAUCGUACCCAAACCGCCAACAAUUUACUGAAGUACGACAAUUCAAUUUUGAAGCACAGUGACAAUAAUGGCUCAAGCGCCCUUCAUAAUGCUGUAAUUGAAGGAAAAAUAGAUCUAGUUCAAUUUUUUAUUACAGUCUGGGGAGCAGACAUAAACCUAACAAAUUCACAGCUGGACACACCAUUACAUCUAGCUGCCUACUGGCAACAUCAUAACAUUGUACAGUAUUUACUUGAUCUCAAAGCCAUAACUGAUAUGAAGAACAAUGAUGAAAAGACUAUUUUACAUAUGCAUCUAUCCGUCCAUGAAGACACAUGUCAAGAAAGCACUGACUGCCUUCAACUUUUACUAGAGAAUAAUCCGUCCAAUAUUCUUACAAAAGACAACAACUGUGAUACUUCCAUCCAUCUGGCAAGUCAGGAUGGCAAUUCCAAUGCUUUGAAAAUUAUGCUACAAAAUCCUGAGAUUAAAGAGGCCGAUUUAAAUAUUGAAAACAGGGACCCUUAUACCCCUUUACAGCUAGCAGUAAAAAGUCAAAGCUUUGAGACUGUUCAAUGUUUGCUGGGACAUCCAGGGGUCGAUAUCAAUUACAAGAAUAGCCAGUAUCAGGAAACGGCACUUCAUUAUGCAAGUCGUGAAAAUAACACAGAAAUUACUAAAGCUCUGAUUGAUGCUGGAGCAGAUAUAAAUGUACAGGCAUUUGGACGAACGCCUCUACAUGCCGCAACUCUACUUCAUAAGAAAGACAUGGUUGCGUUACUGUUAGAGAAUGAAGCUGAUCCAAUGGUUGAAGACUGGAAUGGAUUAGCUGCUGAGGAAUUAGCCACACCUAGAGUUAAGCCCAUCUUCAGAAAGACUAGUUUGACUCCUUCUAGUGCCUCCAGUCAAAGAUCAUCUUCAUCAUCAACACAAAAUUUUACGAGAUAUAGUUGUGAUGGAUACAUUGAUGAACGAACUAUAAAAGAAAUACUAGAGGAUAUCCAACAACGAUUAACUGUUGUUGAAACAAAGGAUUCAGAUGUCCAGAUACCAGAUGAUAUACUUGCUGUCAUGUUGGACAUCAAAGAAAGACAGAAAGUGGUACGUGAGCAGUUAAAAGAAACCACAAGAAUUAAACCAGGAAGCGCAAGAUUAGACAUACAUGAAGCAGUGAAUAAGCUCACUGAUAGGGUGGCUCAACUGGAGGCAAUCAUCAAACAUCCCAUAGUUGGAUUGGGAUGGACCCCUUUGCAAACAGGUCCAUUGCGUGAUGACAACAUAAAGAAAAUUGCUGGACAAAUGGGACGAAAUUGGAAGAGAGUAGCACGCAACUUAAACGUUCAGAAUCCAGAACUAGACCAGAUUGAGGCUUCAUAUCCUUACAACAAUCCAAGGCAAAUAUUUGUGGCAUUCUGUAUUCACUGGGGGGUAUCGUGA